UUUGACAACACCAAACCAAAAUUGGAAAAAGUUAUAAAUCAUGACACAUGAUAGAGAAUAUAGAGAAACGAGUUUCAUAAGGAACUUUUUGAUAUCAAAAUAAGAUGAAAUCUACUUACUACAACCCACAGUUUUCACAUUCGCACCAAAAAAAGUAAAAUCAAACAAUCCACAGUUUUAGUAUGAUCCCUAAAUUUCGUCUUAUAAUUUACUUCAAAACACAUCUUUCACCCAAACUAUAAUAAUAAGUGCACCAUUUCUUUGCUUUCAUACCAACUUAAAACUUUUCCCUCCAAUUCCUGCAAAUUCAAUGCCUAUCCCAAGAAUUCAGUUAAGCCACAAUGGCGGGAGCAUACCCGUUUUGGGGUUUGGCACCGCACCCGACCCACCGGUUGCGGCAGAGAUAACCAAAACUGCCGUUCUCACGGCCAUUGAGGCCGGUUACCGACAUUUUGAUACCGCUUGCCUUUACUAUACGGAGCAACCUCUAGGAGAGGCCAUUGCUCAAGCAAUUAAGCAAGGCUUGAUCACGUCUCGUGAUGAUCUCUUUAUCACCUCUAAACUCUGGUGUAGUGAUGGACACCGCGACCGCGUGGUCCCCGCGUUGCAAGCAACUUUGAGGAAGCUGAAUUUGGAUUACGUUGAUCUGUAUCUAAUUCACUGGCCGGUGAGCUCGAAACCGGGGGUGUACGAGUACCCAAUAAAGAAGGAAGAUUUCAUGGCAAUGGAUUACAAAUCGGUUUGGGAAGGUAUGGAAGAAUGCAAGAAACUUGGGCUAGCAAAGUCCAUAGGAGUUAGCAAUUUUUCGCGCACAAAAUUGGCUCAAAUACUAUCAUUUGCUACCAUUCCUCCUGCUGUUAAUCAAGUUGAGGUAAAUCCGAGUUGGCAACAAAAGGAGAUGAUAGAAUUCUGCAAGGCUAAAGGCGUUCUUGUAACGGCUUACUCGCCCUUAGGUGCAUUUGGGACAUUCUAUGGCAGCAAGAAUGUCAUGGAAUCGGAUGUAUUGAAAGAAAUAGCCAAUCGACGAAAUAAAUCUGUAGCUCAGGUAUGUUUGAGGUGGGGAGUGGAGCAGGGGAUCGCGGUGGUGGUAAAGAGUUUCAACAAGGAAAGAAUGAAGCAAAACCUCGACAUAUUCGAUUGGGAAUUGAGUGCUGAGGACCUUGAGAAGAUCAGAAAAAUUCCACAAUAUAGAGUGUGUAGAGGAUUAGAUUAUACAUCUAAUUUUGGUCCUUUUGUAACAAUUGAGGAACUCUGGGAUGGAGAGAUCUGAUUUGAGUGAUGAAUGUAAUGUGAUUGAGACAAUCACACAAAGCUCUCUAUGAAGAAGCAUUACCAAGCUAUACUUGAUUUAGCUGGUUUUUAAUUUUGAA